CGUUGUCAAAGUGUUUCGUUGUUUUGCUGUUGGAUAUUUCACGCUGCUGCGAAUCUUUGUUGAUAAUUUGCGUGGCCUGGAAGCUGCAAAGCGUAAGAUUUGCCCCCAAAAGCCAUCCCAGAGUGACGAAGCGGCGCUCCAGAGUGGCAACGGAAGCGGCAGUACGUGGAAUAUUGGCUGAAGUGUGCAAGAAUCUCGUGGGACAAGUGUUGCUGGAAGAGAGCGGAGAAAAGGACGUUCCUGCUAUUGAUCCCUCUGGCCGAGUGCGCAUGGUUUGUGCGAGGAGAGAGGCGCACUAACGUGAAAAAUCACAUCGACACACAGUCGACAUUGCAAUUGGGAAAAAAAGUCGCGCGGAGACAGGAAGAAGGGCGAAAAGAGUUGCAGGUGCAGCGAAAGGUAUUUAAACUGCCGAGGAUAUCAGCGGGAUAUCAGUGUGCAGCUGAGUGUGGACCAGAGAGGCGCAGCAGCAUCUGCAGAGGCGACUUAUCAGGCAUCCAUUCGGGACUUUCGUGACCCCUUGGCGAAGUGUGUGCGACAGCAAGAUGUUCUCAGGCUUGACCAACCAAGUGACAUCCUGGGUGGGCGGCAAGAAGGGCGACCAGGAGGAAGGAUCACUGCCACCAGCAGCUGAGGCCGCAGCAGCUCCCGAGGCUCCGCCAGCGGACACCGCAGCGCCUGCAGCCGAGGAAGCUGGCCAAAGCCCCACCAAGGCUGGCGGGAUGUUCUCGAACGUGAAGAGCCAGAUGACGGGCUGGCUGGGCAAUGCGUCGAUGCCAUCAAUGCCGGCAAUGCCGACCGUCUCUAUGCCGUCGAUGCCAACGAUUCCGGGCUUCAGUAAAAAGGCCGCUGAGUCCGAGGAGGGCGGCGUGGCAGUGGAAGUGAGCGCGGACGCGGCCGUGGAGGCGGAGGCCAGGGCCGCGGCGGAGGCGAGUGAGGCGGCUGCGGCAGAUGAUGAAGAUAAAUCUAGGUAUAUUAGCGCAACAGAAGGUGCAGACUCGAAGCCCGGAUCCGGGCCGACGACGCCGCAGGAUGAUCAGGCGGGACAAAUAGGGCAAGUGACAACAAAAGUGACUCAAGGUGUGAAGAGUUUUGGCUCAUUCCUGUACUCAUCUGUGAACAAGGCCGGGGCCAAGAUCAAGGAGACCGUCAAAGAUAAUCAGAGCAUCUUGGGCGACUUCACGAAGGAGCAGGAGGCAUUCAUGAAGGAGAACGCCGGCAAGGGUGGCUCAGGACAACCGCCAUGGGUGGGCGUGAGCAAUAGCGAGAAGGUGAAGGAGGAGAUCCUCGGCCUAUCGGCCGACAGGCGCAACUUCGUGCGCGCCCCGCCGGCCGGUGUGGACUUCCAGUUUGACUACGAUGUGUCCUACACCGUGGCGCAGGCCAUCAUGGCAGAGGAUCCGGCCCUGGAGAAGAUGCGCUUCGAUUUGGUGCCCAAGAUCAUCACCGAGGAGAACUUCUGGCGCAACUACUUCUACCGCGUGUCGCUCAUCUGCCAGGCGGCCGAGCUGGGCACUCUCGGCACGGAAUCGGCUGUGGGCCAGGGAUCGCCUGAGGAGUAAACGAGGCGCUUGGGUGAGCAUCAAGAUGAAGGAAGAAAGAAAGGAGAAAUGGUGAAUAAUUAAUAUUUAGGAAAAGGAGUAUUUAUUCAUUUUGAUCCAACACCAAAAAAAAAAAAAAUAAGAGAGUAUCUAUAGUGGUAAUAUUUGGGAGUGUAUAGUAUAUUUACAGAAGAAUUGCAUUUGAAAAAAAAAUACUGUUUGAACAUAAAUGUGUCAUUCAAAGUUCGUUUUGACGAUUCAACAAGAAAAGAGGGAUAUUUAUCAAAAGGAAAGAUGUCAGUAUCCUUAAAUGUAGAAGGAAGAGAUAUAUUAGAGGAUAUAUUGUUUAAGUGACUAACCAUAAACAAGAGAUUCAUAUAAUAAUACAAAGAAAAUACAUAAGAAAUAUCCUAUUGUAUACAUUUGUAUAUUAUAUGAUGGUGUUAAAAUUAAAAGGAACAAAUGUGGAAGGGGAAUGAAUAAUUGUAUUAAUUACAUGUAACAUUCUAUCUAUUGCAUUAUCAAACAUCAGACAAGGUGUAUUUUGCUAGGGAAGAAAGAAAGAGAGAGAGAGAGAGUUAGAAGAGUCUUUGUGAGCAAAGAGAGGAACUCCUCUCGAGACUCUCUUAGUGAAGUGAUUGCGAAAAAAUUAGUGGAGUGAAUAUAAUAUAACAAUAAAAUAGAUGAAUUUAAGUCACUCUCAAGUGUGUGAGAGUCACUCAGAAAACUCUGCGCAGAGAACGAUGGAAUCUAUAAUGGGAAAUGAAACAAGUUGAUUAAGUGUAUUUUGAAGAGAUGCCGUUGACGUUCCAAUUAUAUUUUCACCAUUCUUUGCGUCUUCUAUUUUCCCCCAAAAAAAAAAAAUAAUCGCGCAAAGUGAAUGGUUUUCUUUUUGUGCAAAGACAUCGCACUGCAUUAAUUGAUGAACAUGCAUUUCUGUCCAGAUACUCAAAUGCGCCUACAUGAACAGCGAAUUUUUUUCUUUCAAUGUGUGUCGAUGUUAAGGAAAAUGCUUACACUUUAGGUAUUUUUUUUAUUCUGUGCAUGAGAUUCGUCAACUUGUUUCAUUUUUGCAAAGCAUUAUGAUUUUUCUUUCGCUGGCAAUGUACGUAAAUAAAGUGAAAGGGAAAUGACGAUUGUGUAAUUUAAGUCGCAGCAAUAUUGCAUUGAUCAUUUGGAAAUAAUAUCUUUUGGCCAUACAAAAGAGUUGUGACAACACAACUGCGUUCAGUAAGUAAUGAGUGGAGCUUUUCAAUGUUGGGAAAUACUGACACUAUUUUCAUUAUGAAUCUCUCUUGCUUUGAAAAAAUGUGGUUGGAAAAGUGACAAAAAAAAAUAAUCAUCAAGAAAUGUUACCUUGCCCACGUGUAAUUAAUUCCUUUGACAAAAUUUUGCUUUCUUUUUUUUUUUUUAAUUAUUUCCCUCACUGAACAUAUCUUUAUAUACAUACAAUGCUAAAGCUCAACCAUGAUUCCUCAGUGUUAAAUCCAUAAAACUCUCAUAAAUACAAUAUAAUGCAGUGGCGCCAUAAUAGGACAAUAGAAACCUUCUUAUGAAAAUAUUUAACACAAGAAUCAAUGAAUUAUUUCAACUAAGAACUGAGAUGGAAUUUUUUUUUUUAAAUUAUUCCUCAUAUAUUUUUCAAUCAAUUAAAGAAACUAAAAUCGAAGAGAUAAACUUUAAACUGCAGACUUGACCGUGCUUUAAUUGUUGAUUGUCAAUCAGUGUUGUGAGAAAGUGGGAAUGAAUUUAACUUCAAUUUCUUGCUCAUCUUUGCAAUACGAUGUGAAAUAUUAAAGUACAAGGUUCAUCUACAACGAUUUUUGCAGCCAUUGCAGUCUGUUUGGUAAACUAUAGGAAAAGGUUAAACUCUGUUGAGUGUUUCAAUGUGUUUCUCUGUGGCGUUAAUGUUAAGAGAGAGAGAGAGAGGAAAAGAGAGAUUACUGAACGCAGAAGUGUUUAUUUUGCUUACAAUGAAAAGGGGAAUUCUAAAAAAAAAAAAUGUAAGAAAUUCAAAAAUAGAAUCUAAUUAUUGAGAAUUAUAAUUUUUGUAGCAAGAAAAAAAUAUAUAAAAAAAAAUUAUAUAACAUUAGUUAGAAAGUCAUUUGAUGAAAAUAAUAAUUAGGAUUUAAAAGAGAACAUAUUGUAUUGAUUGACUAGAGGGAAAGAGAGAAAAAUGGGGAAAAAUGUGAAGGAAAUUGAAACAAAAAAAAAAUUCUUCUAUUGCACACAAUCUUUUAUGCUUCCUUUGAGCAACAUCGGGAAUGAAACUUUGUGUCGUCUGUUCUUUCACAAGCAAUUGAUGUUCGCUAUAAAUCUAUAAAAUGCAAACUUACAAAGCAUGAAGAAAUAAGUAAAGGUAAGAAAUUCAGUGUGAUGAAGUUUUUUUUUUCUCUUGGAAUAAUUUCCAAUUAAUGUCAGUAAUAUCAUGAAAUAUUGUGUUGUCAGUUAUGGAUUUGUUGAAUAAAAUUUUUCAAAGCGUGAAUUUACACAUGUAAAUUCACGUGCCCGAGAAUGAAGAGAUACAAAUUUUAUCAGCUUUUUAAAAAACACGUGAAAACAAUGUACAGAUGAUGCUGAUUUUCACAAUAACAAAAUAAAUUGCUGGUUACAUGGAAAUACAUUUAAAAAAGUAAUAUUAACGAGAAUGAAAAAAAAAUACAAACAUUACCCUACUCAGAAAUGUAAGAAGAUAAGAUGAAAAAUAAUCAUGGAAAAAUUGUAUAACAAGAAAAGCUCUGUGAAUGUCAAAAAAAAAUCUAUUAAUGUCUUUAAAAAAAAAAUUCAUUAUAUCGUAAUUAAAAAAAAAAGUGAAGAUAAAUCUAUACCAAAAAAAAAGCAUUGAAAAUGUGUAACAAAUAUUCUCCUAAGAUUAAAAUGAAACUCAUUCCAUUCUUUAUACAUAUUGUAAGAGCAUUUCGAUCCAUUGCAUUAUUUGUUUGUCGAUUGGGAUCAAAUGACGUGAAAAGUGCUUAAAAAUUGCGUUUUUCGAUGUAAAAAAAAAAAAAUCCUGGAAUUAAAAAUAUCUGUUGAAAUCACAACUUUCUCAUCUUUAAAAAACAAAAAUCCCCUUCAAUUCCUUCGGUUUCUUCAGGAGAAAUUCAAGAAAGAAAAAAAAAAACGAGAAAAGUGUUUAAUU